AUGUCCUUUUUGACCAGUAAAGGAGAUGGAUCUCCGCAGCAGUCGAAGAUGGACUGGUUGUGUCGAAGCAUCGAGGAGGAAGCCCAGGCCUAUCUGAAUUCGCUAAAAGUCCCUAUCGAUGAAGAGUAAAUCGUGUUUCUGAUAAUUUUUAUUUGUUUAGACCAAUCUCACAGCCUGAUGGAUUUUGGGGAAAAUACUACGACAGAUUGGCUUCUUAUCAGGUAAAUUGAUAUCUAUUUUAUUCAAUUUUUGUUUUAGAAAGGCAAGGAGCGAUUUAUCCUGAUCUCUCCAAUUAAAUGCGCAUGUUAUGGAUGGCGACUUGAGGAUAAUGGUAAUCUCAGGUGCGAAGAUUGCCAAGAAACCCUUGUUUUCCCCGAUUUUCAGACAGAAUCUCGUCAAGAACAAGAGACGAGCAUCCUUGCUGUGUAAGUGAACUGUUUUCAGUUUGAAUUCUGUUUUUAGAAAGACAAUUCGCAACUUAUCCGAGAAUCAUUCGAAGUUGUGCCAUUGGCGGGAAGGAGAAGGUCGGCCUUUCCGAAUCUACGAUGUUUCCUCCCGAAUUCCUACGAUUCAAUUAGUCGUCGUGCCGGGAGCAAAAUUUUCCUCGCAAGAGAUUGAUAAUUCGGUUGAGGAAUUGAGUGCGAAUUAUGAGAUCACGACAUCUCCGGAAUUUUAUCUUGCAGUUGCUGGAUGGGACGCGUCUACGUAAGUUACCAGUAUUUUUGUCUUGACAUUUGCUUUUAGAUCGUCUGUUUCGACCGUGAAAUGUCGGGAAUGUUUGAAAGAAGUGGAUUUGAACACAGUUUCCGAGGAAAAUCGAGAUCCACUCAAGUGGCAUGAGCAAUAUUGCCCGGUGGUUGACAAACACCAUCUUUUAUGGAGGGAUGCGUUGAAAAAUUAUGCUGAAUUGACUCCAAAGGUAGCGCUUUUUCUCGAUCUGUGAUUUUGAGUGUUUAGAAAGGAAGCGCGACCUCAAAUUUGACUCAAGUUUAUAAGGACAUCACCUUGACCAUGACGGAUAAAGAACCGAAUCUUGACGUGCCUUUAGACGAUUUGAAUACCUCAAAUGCUGCUGUUGACUCAACUGCUGACCGAUCGAGUAACAUGGUUAGUUUUGGGGUUGAGAUUAAUUGAUUGGUUAUAUUAUUUUAGAUCCUUUAAUAUUAUCUUUGUUUGUAGGAAGCGAGUCUAGAAGCGGAAUCAAUACAAAAUACGACAGAAAAUGAGAUAACAUCGCCAACUUUAAAUCCCGAAGGCUUUUUUGUGUCAGAAGAAGCUUUGGAACAACAAAAACGAGCUGAAUUCUCCAUACCACCACCUAAAGUAUUGAAAUCUCGUGCAACACCACCUAAAAUAAAGGUACAACACUUCAAAGACCCUAUUUAUGAAAAGGAGUUGGGCGCAAAUCCAGAGAAACGGCAAAAAUUGGAAAAUGAAGAGGAUCUGUUGAUUGUAAGUUGAGUUUUCGUUAUUAUUCUUAUGAAUUUUAGGCUGACAACAUCCUUGACAGUGUCAAUUCUCCGUCUGUGAGGUUGGCUGAGGGAGAUGAAGCCAUGUUGGACGAAAAAGAGGAGUCUUCAUCACCUAAGCAAGUGGAUGUUGAUCAUGAUGAAGAAGAGCCGGAAAGGUGGGAUUUUCUGCAUUGUUUGUGUGAAAUAAUUGUCUCAGAAGCUGUAGAAUUUAAUUGGGAAGGUCAUAGAUAAUGGGGUUGACGUCUUUGGGGGGAAUUGAGACUAAUUUUAUAUUGUUUUAGAGAGAAGAUCCCGAAAUUUCCAGAAAGUCCUUAUCGAAAGCCUAUAUCUCCGGCUGCCAGUGAUAACUCGGAUGAAAUUGUUUAUCUUGAUGAUUCCGAUGACGAUGAAAAACAGUACGAAAAGGACUCGGAAGAAGAUUAUGAUUCUCAAAAUAAUUUCGGCGAAGAUUAUGGAGAAGAUUUGGAUGAAGAAGAGACAGAAGAGCAAGAUGAGAUUGGUCUAAUUGACGAAGUUGAAGGUGAGAAGACUCAGCGAGAGGGCAGAGAGGUGGAAGAGGACAGUUUUUCCCACGAUAGUGAUGUGGAAUUGCAACCAAACACCAGCGAAGAGAUUGAUGAAGGUAAAUUGAUAUAAUUUUGAUUAUUAUUGCUUCAAAUUUUUAGAUGUUGUGUCUGCAAACGAACAAGUGGACCAUGAAUAUGAUUCGGAACAGGAUGGAUACGAAGAUGAGGACCAGGAAAAUGAUGGAAAAUCGCGCGAAUUUUAUGAACAUCCAUCUGAUGAGGAAAAUGAAGAUGAAUCUGAAGAUUAUGAUGAAGAAGAUACAGAGGAAUUGACUUUUAAAGAUCAGAAAGAAGAGUCCGACUCGGAUUCGGAUAUCAUUUGCUUGGAUUAG